GCCGCCGCUCACUCCCCCCGUGACGGGCGGCCCGGCGGCAGCGGGCAGCGCCGCGGGGGCGGCGGCGGCGGCGCCAUGAGCGGCCCCUACCCGGAGGAGGGCUGCGGGGAGCGCCCCGACGGCGCCGGCAAGAGCAAGUCGCCCACGCUGCUGUCGUCCUACUGCAUCGACAGCAUCCUGGGCCGCCGCAGCCCCUGCAAGGUGCGGCUGCUGGGCACGGCGGCGCACAGCCUGCCCGCCGCGCUCGCCGCCCGCCCGGAGCACGACAAGGCCGCGCAAGGCUCCCCGAAGGGCAGCCCCCCCUUCGAGGCUGCCGAGCUGCACCUGCCCCCCAAGCUGCGCCGCCUCUACGGGCCGGGCGGGGGCCGGCUGCUGCCGCCGGGACCGCGGGGGGACCGCCCCGACGGGCGGCCGGAGGGGGGCGCCGCCGCCGUGCCCCCCGCUGCUGCCACCGCCGCCGCCACCGCCGCGGGCGCCCCGUGGGACACGCUGAAGAUCAGCCAGGCGCCGCAGGUCAGCAUCAGCCGCAGCAAGAGCUACCGCGAGAACGCGCCCUUCGUGGCCCCGCCGGCCGCCCUGGACGAGCUGGGGGGCGGCGGCGCGGCGCACGUCGAGGAGCGGCCCGGCCCCGCCGCGCCGGCCGCCGAGGAGGAGGAGGAGGAGGAGGACGAGGAGAUGCUGGAGGAGGAGGACGAGGAGGAAGAGGAGCUGGAGGAGGAGGACGAGGAGGAGCUGCUGGGCGAGGACGGCGGGGGGCUGCUGAAGGAGACCCGCCGGGGCGCCGCCGCGGCCCCCGGGGCGGAGGGUGGGGAGCUGUCCCCCAAGGAGGAGCUGCUGCUGCACCCCGAGGACGGCGAGGGCAAGGACGGCGAGGAGAGCGUGUGCCUCUCGGCCGGCAGCGACUCCGAGGAGGGGCUGCUCAAGAGGAAGCAGCGCCGCUACCGCACCACCUUCACCAGCUACCAGCUGGAGGAGCUGGAGAGGGCCUUCCAGAAAACCCACUACCCCGACGUCUUCACCAGGGAGGAGCUGGCCAUGAGGCUCGACCUGACCGAAGCCCGAGUGCAGGCUCUUCUCCACCGUGGCCCCCCUGGGCAGCGCCUCCAGCGCCGCGGCGCUGCUGCGGCAGCCGGCGCCGGCCGCCGAGGGGGCGGUGGGCUCGGCGGGGCUGGGGGACCCGGCCAGCGCCGCCGCCGACCGGCGGGCGUCCAGCAUCGCCGCCCUGCGGCUGAAGGCCAAGGAGCACGCCGCCCAGCUCACCCAGCUCAACAUCCUCCCCGGGAGCAGCACGGGGAAAGAGGUGUGCUAAGAUCCGGGCGCCGUCCUUGCCGCUUUUCGUUUGCGUUCGUUUCAGUUUCCCGGGGGGGAUUUUUUGGGGGGAGCGAGAGAGAGGAGAAUAAAUUCGCGAGUAGGGAAAGGUCACCUCGUAGCACGAAUCAAGACCAAAUGGGGGAAAACGUUUCUUUUUCUUUAAAAACAAAUACAAAUAAUAAUCAUAAUAAUAAUAAAAAAAAAGUGGACCAGCAGCUAAGACUGGGGUAGGUUCCCGAGGUAGGAGCUGGAGGACAGCGAGCGCGUCGCACGUCGGUCAGCCCUCGCGCCAGUGAGCGGAGCGAUGCUCGCAGGCUCCCGAAUCCGAAACUCCUUGGCUGGUACAUUUCCUAAAUGCACAACGUGUUAAUUUCCUCGCUGAGCAUCAAGCGAAAAAGAGAAAAAAAAAAAAAAAAAGAAAGAAAAAAAAUAGCCCUACCUAAUAAAAUUUACUAUAUAUUAGCGUUACGUACACUUAAAGAUUUUUCCUUCCGUUUAUCUGGCAAGACAAAAAAAAAAAAAAAAAAAAAAAAAGCGAAGAAAGGAAUCGAAAAUUGUAAUUGAGAAAGGAAAUUGAGAAGGGGGGGAGGGGGGAAGGGGCUGCCCGCACCUCUCCCAGCCCCGUCCUGCGGUGCUGGGCUGGCCUGCUGGGCGCACUGGGGAACCGUCGCACACGGCGCUGCUGCGAGCCGCGGGUGCUCACCGAGGAUGCUGCCAGUGCAGAACGAAAGUGAAUUUGAUGCUGUAAGAUAACCAGUGCACUUAAGGGAGAGGGUAUAUCUUUUUCUCGUUAUAUUCUUUAUCACUACACCAACCAAGGUUUUUAUAUCAAACCAAAGGGAAAUACACUGCUAGAAUAUGGACUGUUUAAGUCACUAAACUGUGAUUAUUGAUUCUGUACAUACCAUUGUUAUAAAAAAGAACAGAGCUUUGUAUAUUUGAAAUGUUAUAAAACAAUUGCACUCAGUGUAGUGUUGUAAAAGUUUGUCAUUCUGUAGAUUCUUACUGUGUUGUAGAUAUCAUAGGGGUCCUAGACAAAUAUUUAUGUACAAACCCUUUAUUUAACUUAUUAACUGUAGAGGUUUCUGAAACCCUCAAGAGGCGAUGGUACAGUA